AUGUUAAUUUCGAGAAUUAGUAAUCAAGAAUCGGUCACAACUAAAGAAGUACUCAACCUUCUAACGGGGCGUUGGAUCAAAACUAAUGGUAAGCUAUUCCAGAAGCUGAUCCACAAAGGUUAUAGAUGCGCUAAUAGACUUUCUGAUUAUUUGGAAGAUAUUGGAACUAUAUCUGUUGGUGAAUUCGAAUUAGAUCCUUUAGCUGACUUUUACCACCCAGCCUUAAUUCCGCCCUUAUCUACCUUAGCAGAAAGAGCAGAUAUUCGCGAAAAUUUCAUUAUUAGCGUAGAAUCCGCCAUCGUGGGAGGAGUGAGUUUAUUUACCCUCGAAAAAAAUAAAAGUUCCUCACUUCAGAAUUUAAUACAAAAGAAUUACAGUAACUUGUCUGUAUUAAUAGGAAUUACUUGGGAGCGUAAAGAGAUGAAAACUUGGAGGGAUGACUUACUCGUGAAAUUUCUUCAUCACUCAAAUUUAGCUCCUGCGAAGUAUAGACCAGAGGACUUAUAUGAUGCGUUUUCUAGAACGAAUGUUUUGGGUCCGGAGCAUAUCUUAGCUCUAGCACGAACAUUUUACUAA